AUGGCCACAUGUAGCUAAACAAGUCGCCGCCUGUAUUUUUAAAACGGACUGAUACUUUAUGUUGCUAAAUCCAAGCACUUAGACCGUCCAAAUGUCAGACAUCCUGUGUCGCUGGCUGAAUGCAGAAGUUGGAUUGUCAAAGGUUGUCGAGCCGCAUUCCUUCCCCAAAGAUUUUGCCAACGGGUAUCUGAUUGGAGAGGUCCUCAGCAGAUACCAACUUCAAGAUGACUUCGCCCAUUUCUCAAAGCACAGUGGGGCUAAUGCAAAGCUGAACAACUUCACUCGGCUGGAGCCCACACUACAGCUGCUGGGUGUGCCUUUUGACUUGGGUAUGGCCAAAGCUGUGAUGCAGGGCCAGCAGGGGGCAGCCACGCGCCUGCUCUACCAGCUCUACGUUCUACUGCAGAAGAAGAAGAGGGCAGGACUUACAGGUGCCACUCUGGAGACCAUGCAGCCUGUGGCCACGGCCAAACUGCACCGCUUAGAGAACCGUAUCUUCACUGAGCGUCUGCGCACGAUAACGAAGCGUGACGCUGAUUUGAAGAUACAGAAGAUCACACAGCGUUUUGACCGGAGACGUCGGGACAUUCGUGAUCGCUCCGUGAUGGCUGAGCUGGUGCAGGAAGAGAAGCACCGCCACUUACAGGAGGAGAUGCGACUCAAGGAUAUAGAGAAGCAUCGUCAGACUCAUAGAAAGCACCAGGAGAUGAUGGACCGUAUCCAGUUGGCUGUGGUCCAGGUCCCGAAGCCUCCAGCCAGUCGCUCACUCAGAACACUGGAGCAACAGCAGCAGCAGGAAGCACAGAAGGUUCAAGAACAGAUUGCCCAGUUUGAGAAGAACAGGAAGAGGCUGUCUCCUGCUUACUGUGACCAUGCUGUUGACAGUGUGCAGGUCCUCAGUGAGGAGCAGAUGUCUCAGUGGAACACUGAGUUCAUGCAGAGAAUCCGUCGGCGGGUGGAGGAGGAUGGAGCAGCACGCAUGCAGAGAGAACAACGACGACACCGCGCUCUACAACAGCAACUCCACACCCACCACACCCACCAGGAGAUGCUGCGGGAGGAGCAGCUGGUUGGCCGGCUGAUGCGUCAGUCACAGCAGGAGAAGCGAAUUGCAGUUCGGCUAAUGCAGAUCAGACAGCAGAAGGAGGUCCUACGGCAGAACCGGAUCCUGCGCGAGAGUCAGUACCAGGAACAGCGCCUCCGCGACUUCCAGCAGGCACUGGAUAGGGAGGCGGCUCUCUUGCUGCAGGUCCGUAUAGAACAGCAGGAGCAGAGCCGUAAGGAGCAGGAGCUCCAUGCCCAGCUGGUUGCUGAGUGCACACACAACAGACACCGCAAACACUUCAACACCUGCAGGGGGAUUGUGGAGCAGAUUGUGGAUCUGGCAACCAAGGCUGGGGAGUACCGCCUCCUCACGGCCAAUCUGAUUCCAGGGAAAGUGAUGCGGGAGUGGAAGGAGCUGUGGUUCAGGGGGCAGCCCCUGUAUGCUGUGUCUGAGGUGGAGGGUGCAGGUGGAGAAGCCAGCCCUGAGCAGGCUAUCCUCAACGCCCAGGACUAUGAGGAGUACACGAGUAUGACAGGUGAAUGGGCGUGGCCUGAAGAAGUAGAGUGCAAAGCUCCUCCCUCCAGCAGUGAUAUCCUGGGUCAUAUCGUGACCCGCCUGCGGAACAUGGUGAAUCCGCCCGAACCAAGUGACCCUCCACCCGCUUUCCCCCACUUCACGCUCCGAGCCUGUGUGCUGGGGAAACCCUUCACCGGCAAGACCCGCUGCCUCAGAAGGAUCACAGAGGUGCAUGGAAUCUAUGUGCUGUCGGCUGACAGGCUGAUCCAGGAGGCACUGGAGGCUCACCAGGCUGGAGACAAGCAGAAUGAGAAAAGUGCUGAACGCUGUGGCUCCCCUCUGCAAGAUGCUGAGCAGGGAGAGGCCAAGUGCACACUGUCUGCUCCAGACUCCAAGGAAUCCCCUUCUGCCCCUUCUGCUCCAGAAGAAUUGCCUUCUGCCCCAGACUUAGAGCCAGUCAUCACAGACUCACAGCCAGGAGACCUGCAGAAAAAAGACAGCAAAUCUAAACUGUCCUUGCAAGCGCAGUAUGGUGCAGGGGUGGAGAAGGCCCUCAGGAGCGGCAGAGCUGUUCCCAAUGAGCUGCUCAUAGACAUCUUCACAGAUGCCAUCAGGCAGGUUCCCUCAGGCCAGGGAUGGGUUCUGGAUGGUUUCCCCGUGGACAUCUCUCAGGCCCGGCUGCUUGAGAAGGCCCUGGGCGGAGCUGACCCAGACCAGGCCAACAAGAAGGGGUGGGGCAGAACACAUAACCUGGCAGAGGACAGGAGGGCCCCCAAAGCCCCUCCCCCUCCCUCCCCGGUGCUGGAUCUGGUGGUGCUGCUGGACUUGACUGACGAGCAGGUGAUGGACCGUGCCACCCAGUCCAACCGUGAGAGCACAAACAUUGACCAUGAAAUCACUGCUACUGCUGACCACAGCAGUGGAUCACAAGAGAAUGCAGCUACUCCUAGACACACGCAGCUGAGAGUUGCCCCUGCUGGAGAGCAGAGCCUAGAGCAGAGACAGAUCCAACACAGGGUUAUGGGCUUCCAGGACACCUGGCCCAAACUGGAGAAGUGGUUUGGAGAGAAACAGAGAAUCUUGGUGAAAGUGACUGCCGAGGUGGAUGAGGACACCCUCUUCAGCAAUGUGGAGAAUGUUCUGUUCAAGAACAUGGUAGCUGCAGAACAAGGUCAUACAGACACAGAAGACAAUGUAGAGGUCACCGAUGACUCUGCCUCCCUGGCUGCCCCUCAGGAAAUAGCAUCCAAAUCCAGCCCCUGCUCUGCUAAAGGCCCUUACAGGCGGGCAUCGGUUUCUUCAGCGAUGGCCGUUCAAGCCCCUCCUCCAGAUGCAGGCUGGGAGUAUGUCGUCGAGCCACUAGCCAAGGAGAUCCCAGAGUAUCUUCUGCCAUACUGGGAGAAUGCCUGCAGCUCAUAUGUCUCUAACGUUAAAACUGUGAUGCAGAAUCUGCGCAAUGAACGCAACCUCAUCACACACCACCUGUACAAUAUCAGAGAGGACUUUAGGCAUUACCUGCAGAGGCCAGACCUCAAACAAGACUUUGUGUGUGUGUGGCAGCGUGACUAUAACAGCCUUCCUGAUGACAUAAGACAGGAUGAGGAGACCAAAGCAGAGCUGCACCAGAGGCUGGAUGAUCUGAAGGAGCGCCUCUGGGACAUCUGUGAUAAAAGGAAGGAAGAAGCAAUGCAAGAGAGGGCAGGAGUUCUCAGAGAUGGCUGGCUGGAGGACCACACAGCUGUUCUACUCAACCACUACUCUGCUCUAUUACAGGCUGAGGUGGACAGGUUUCAGGACACCAUGCAUGUGUUCAGAGAUUAUUACUCAGGUAUGUACAGCAGUGUGUUACCUGAAGCAACACCUGACUUCACCUGCAUCCCACUGCUCGACAUCGUCGUCGAUGACAACGGCAAUCAUACUGACACGACCAAAAGCUCUUCUACACCUUCAGCGAGACUUACAAAGAGUGCUGGGAAAAAAGACACAGAAGCAGAAGAACAGAAGAAAACCAAAGUAAUCCCUCUGGUUCCGCGCAGACCUCCCUCUACUGAACCCUCCAGACAGAAAGGCCUCGUCCCCUCUGAUGAUAAACAACUGCAAGACAUCUAUCACACUGCUCUGACUGCCAUUUCUAGCAUGGCAUUAGCUGAAGUCCAGCGGUUGGAAUCUGAGGGGCAUGUGGAGGUCCAGCAGCAGUUGGAGAGAGAGCGAGCAGGCCGGCAGUCUCUGGCCUCUGCCACUGAUCCCAGUUCAGCCAAGGACAAGAAGAAAGCAGGCAGGAAGAAAGGACCCCCCUCCUUGACCCAGGAGACUAGUCCUCCAGCUCCACUAGAUGAGGAGGAGGUGGAGAGAAGAACAGUGAGGAACAAAAUCAGAGAGGAGUACAGAUCUGUACUGCAGCAUGAGGAGGGCGCUGUGAAGCAGCGUUUGGAGCUGGUGCUUUUGCAGGCUCUGGCCACAGUGCGCAGUCUCCAGCAUGGAGCAGAGCUCAUCCACAGCACCAUGGAGGAGUGGCUGGGAGCACGCUACCUCGCCGAAAUGCACAGCAUAGACCAGCUGGCCAAGGUGGUGCAACACCAUAUUGAGCGUGGUGUACAGAUCCCACACGAGCUGGUGUUAGUGCGUGCUGAUUUCUUUUUGGACGGAGACAUCCGUGUGGUGGCCAGCCCGCCCCCCCUACUGCGCCCGCCCCCAGUGGAGCGUUCCAAUCACAGCACACUUACCGUCCUGCAGCUGCACAAGUUACACUCUCAACUGUGCAAGAUCGCGCCCACAGGCCUGUUGUCCAGUACCCAGCUGUGCGAAGUUCUCAACAUGGGCUCUGAUGCCUUGCCUGAAGCAUGGGUGCACCUCACUGACUCUCAGAUCCACGAGCUGGUGUGUGGUUUUGCUCAGGAUUGUGAGACAGUGGACUGGCGUCAGUUUUUAGUGGGUGUGGCUCAACCAUGGCCCCUCCCCUCUCAGAACCAGCUGAUAAAGACCCUCAAACGCUUCAGAGCCAUCGACACAGCAGGGGAUGGAGUCAUCACACUGGAACAGUACUUACAGGUUGAGUUGUGGUUUGCUAGUGAGAGUGAUCUGCCUGUUCCUGAAGACCUCACAGAACCUCUGCCCUAUGACAGAAUGGCCAACCUCAGGGAGUUUUUCUUUGUACUGUUUGCAGACCCUGCCUCACCCCCAGCUGUGUGUGACUACAUGAACAUGCUGCUAUAUUUCUGCUGCCACCCUGAUCCAGCACAGGGUUUCACUAGAGCUCUGAGCCUAGUGACACAACACACACUCACCUACACACACUCCAGGAGUCUGAUACAGUCUAUGGCACACCUGGACUCUGAAUGUGAUGUGGAGGAAGAGUGUGGGUGUGUGGAUGAUGAAGGCUGUGUUUCAAUAGAUGAACUACUGACAGUCUUACGACAUGGAGGAGCAUGGAGGAGGUCCUCACAGCACCGCCUCCACCCAUCCAGGAGGAGAAUAGAGGAGCUCCAACAGGACCUGGUGAAGGUGUUUAAGGAGUUUGGUUUUAAGGAGGAAGAGAAGAUUCCAUUCUCUGUGCUAUCCCAGCAUCCUUUUCUGCAGGAUCUCAUGGAGAGCUCUUCCCAGUACCUGCUCACAGACAUUCACAGAGUUCUAUUGUCCCAGCAGAGUGAAGGCGAGUCUACAGCAGCAUAGACCCCCAAAUCUUACAUAAUUCUAUACAUACAUACACCCACACACACACACACAUACACAAUCUUACAUAAAUCUACACCUCUACA